UCCUGUCGCAUAAUGUAGCUUCACGCUACUAGGAAAAUGGAGUAAAGAGGAAAUGUUUAUUGACAACCGCUGAUUUUCGGGUUUAUAUGCGCGUGUUUUGUUUUAAUCUAUAAUUAGUAUAAUUGAACACCGAUAAUAUAAUUUAAACUCUGGGAGAAUGGCACCCCCCACUGUCUACAACAUCAGAGUCUAUUUCCAGUUGUUUUUUAUAAUCUGCUGUAUGUUAUUGUCUACACAGUCAACGGAAGCAAAGAAUUCAGAAGACAUCAGAUGCAAAUGCAUUUGCCCACCGUAUAAAGAACUUCCUGGGAAGAUAUACAACCAGAAUGUGUCACAAAAAGACUGCAACUGCCUGCAUGUGGUGGAGCCGAUGCCAGUGCCUGGGAAAGAUGUGGAGGCUUAUUGUUUGCGAUGUGAAUGUAAAUAUGAAGAGAGAAGUUCAGUCACUAUAAAAGCAACAAUCAUUAUUUACCUGUCCAUCUUGGGUCUGCUGCUUCUCUACAUGGUGUACCUGACAUUGUUGGAGCCCGUCCUGAAGAGACGUCUGUUUGGGCACUCCCAGCUGAUACAGAGUGACGAUGAGGUGGGGGACCACCAGCCCUUUGCUAAUGCUCACGAUGUGCUGUCUCGCUCUCGCUCUCGGACCAACGUGCUGAACAAAGUGGAGUACGCUCAGCAGCGGUGGAAGAGGCAGGUCCAGGAGCAGCGCAAAUCUGUCUUUGAUCGGCAUGUGGUUCUGAGCUAAAACCUGCUGCUCCCUUUUAACAUCAUGUCCUCCAUGAAAUUGUGACUGGAGAAGUGCGAUCACUGUGACUGGGUCUUCCAAACCACUCCAGCUGCUCAUAAGCCUCUCCUCCCUGCCCACCUGUCUAGGGGUUAGCUCUGAUGACUGCAUCUUCCAUCUUGUGUAUAUUCCUGUAAUUCCUAUGAUUCCUGUAAUGUUAAAAUGAAUAAUCUUGAUUUUGAGGUCCCGUGACAAAAGUACAAGCACAAAAUAGAGCAGCCACAAACACAAUAUUUGAAACUUUUGCCAUCACAAAAGGCCAAAAGGCCUUGGACAAAAAAGAAAUUGGACUGUUCUAGUGGGGCUUAGUGUUUGAUAAAAAUGUAGAAUUGCACAUUACUUUUUAUUGUUUGCCCAGCACAGACUCGUUGACUCACCCACUCAUUCAGCCAUUCAUAUUUUGACACAUGUGCUGGACGUUCAGUGCCGACUGGAGUAGAGGCAUGUCUCACUGAUGUUAUCACAUCACUCAGCCUGCAGAGGCCUGGGAAAUUGCAGAGGUUGUGGUUUUGCCAGACUCCCGAGAGAGCCUUGGCCAGCUAAUCCCAACUCUACCCCUGGCAGCACAGUUGUGCUCCACUGCUUGAGGAAUCCUGGUUAUUGUUGGCUAGUAACAUUAUCCAGGGUUCAGCUCUAUGGGUGUUCUUUUUAAUAUAGCAAGGACCCACAUAUAAAAGUGAUUGUAAGGAUGUAUAAUGUAGUUGAUCAUGAUGCGUGUUUGGUAUUUUUCUUUGGGUUCAUGUGGGAGCCAAAUGGUCCUUAAAAAAAUGAAUGAAUAACCUUAGUUACAUGUAUUACACCUGUCUUAUGCAGAAAUUAAUGCAUGAACUCUUGCAAUUUUAAAAAGAUAAUGUAUAAAACUAAUACUGCAUUCCUAAUACUGAUCAAAAUAUGCAGCAUUAAGAAUAAUUACCAACUAUAAAUUGUGAAAUUUCCAUGAUGACUGAUCUUGCUUUUUCAUAGAUAUUAAAAUCCAGUUUGAAAGACUUUUUUUAAAAAAAACUGAAGAGCAAGCAAUUAUUUCUGCUUACUCAUGCUAAUGAUGCAGUAUCUAAACAAUUACACAGGUAUAAUAAAUGUUAGUUCCAUAGUUAUACUUGAGUGUUAAUUCUGCUAUUAUUUUUUCAUAGUGAUGAAUUUCCUUUGCUAAAAACUGAUAUGAAGGCAGUUUUGGAACAAUAGUUGCUGUCUUAUCCAGUUGAUUAAACCCCUUUUCUCCUUUGUUUGGACCUGCCUUUUAGUGUCCAGAGUGUUGUAUAUGAUAUGACAAUCUUUCUUCCUGUUAUUUGUCAGAAGGAAGUUUUUUGAUUUCAAGUUUUAAAAAACUAUUCAAAUCAAUAAUUCUUCAAUAUAAAUCAUAUUUAAAAAUCAAUUUUUGUAACAUUAAUUGAGCUUCUAAUGAACAAUGUACAUAGUAAAUAUAUUCACCAUUAAGAUGUAAGUAUUGCCAAUUCUUGUUAAAACAUGCUUGAUGAAAAUCGGUUCUCUUCAAAAUAAUUUAAAAAAAUGUAAUUUACCUUGGCACCUAAAUGUAUAGUGCUUAAUGGCAGUCAGAAUAUAAUUGUCUUAAUGCUAAAACAUACAAUGUUUCUAAUCUCUUGUACAAUUUGUGUUAUAACUUCUGCAUUAAAGUUAAAUUCCUUAUCAUGUACAAUC